UGUACCCUUUUUCUUAACCUGAUUUCUCUGCUCUUUCUCUAGUCUGCUGCUGUUGUUUCACAAACCCUUUUAUCGUUCUCCACAGGAUGAAGCCAGAUGAUGCAGGGCAGAUUGAUAAGUGGCUUGAGUAUGCCACUAUCUUUUCUUCUGGUUCUGAGUUUGAGGGGGCCUGUAAGUUCGUUGAUGGGUAUUUGCUGCACCGCACUUUCUUGGUCGGUCAUACUUUUUCGGCCGCAGACAUUGCUGUAUGUUCAUAUCUUGCAGGGAGUGGUAAGAGAUGGGAAAGUUUAAUGAAGUCAAAGAAGUACCAAAACUUGGUUCGGUUUUAUAAUAUGAUAUCCACAGAUCAUGCUGCCAUCUUAAAUGAGGCAACAGCGACAUUUACAAAGAAGAAGGACUCAGGAAAGCCCAUAUCUUUGAGGCCGAAAGAAGUUGAGCAACAAGGGGUGAAUAACAGCAAAAAAAUUGUGAAAGAGAGUGGGAAAGUUUCAAGCCGACCUGAAGUAGACCUUCCUGAUGCAGAGAUGGGAAAAGUUUGCUUGCGAUUUGCACCCGAACCAAGUGGUUAUCUUCACAUCGGGCAUGCAAAGGCGGCGUUGAUGAAUCAGUAUUUUGCUCAGCGUUACAACGGGAAAGUGAUUAUUCGCUUUGAUGAUACAAAUCCUGCUAAGGAGAGCAAUGAGUUUGUUGAUAAUCUUUUGAUAGAUAUCAAGACUUUGGGUAUCAAUUAUGAAACGGUUACAUAUACUUCUGAUUACUUUCUGCAGCUCAUGGAAAUGGCAGUAAAGCUUAUCAAAGAAGGAAAGGCCUAUGUUGAUGAUACUCCACGUGAAGAAAUGAAGAAAGAAAGAAUGGACGGAAUUGAGUCCAAGUGUAGAAAUAAUUGUGUUGAUGAAAACAUUAAAUUGUGGAAGGAAAUGAUUGCUGGUUCUGAAAGGGGUCUGCAAUGCUGUUUGAGAGGGAAGUUGGACAUGCAAGACCCAAAUAAGUCACUUCGUGAUCCUGUAUACUACCGUUGCAAUCCAAUUCCACAUCAUAGAAUCGGGUCAAAGUACAAAAUAUAUCCGACUUAUGAUUUUGCAUGCCCAUUUGUUGAUUCUAUUGAAGGUAUUACCCAUGCACUUAGAUCGAGUGAGUAUCAUGACCGAAAUGCUCAGUAUUACCGGAUUCAAGAGGAUAUGGGGCUUAGAAAGGUUCUUAUAUAUGAAUUCAGCCGAUUAAAUAUGGUUUAUACACUUCUUAGCAAACGGAAGCUGCUAUGGUUUGUUCAGAAUGGAAAGGUUGAUGGGUGGGAUGAUGCUCGUUUUCCAACUGUUCAAGGAAUUGUACGAAGAGGUUUACAAGUUGAGGCAUUGAUUCAGUUUAUACUUGAACAGGGGGCAUCAAAAAAUCUUAAUCUUAUGGAAUGGGAUAAACUCUGGAAUAUCAAUAAGAAAAUUAUUGACCCUGUUUGUCCCAGACAUACUGCAAUAGUUGAAGAUCGUGUCUUGUUGACCCUGUUGGAUGGGCCUGAAAAACCAUUUGUUCGUGUCAUUCCGAAGCAUAAGAAAUAUGAGGGUGCUGGGGAGAAGGCUACUACUUUUACAAAGACGAUAUGGAUAGAACAAGUGGAUGCUAAAGCCAUAUCACCUAAUGAAGAAGUUACAUUAAUGGACUGGGGAAAUGCAAUUAUUAAAGAGGUUAAAAAGGGCUCAGAUGGAAACGUCACGGAACUAAUUGGGGUUCUGCAUCUUGAAGGAUCUGUGAAGACCACGAAACUGAAACUUACAUGGUUACCUGACAUUCAAGAACUUGUUCCACUAACUCUAGUUGAGUUCGAUUACCUGAUCAGUAAAAAGAAGCUGGAGGAAGAUGAGGACUUCAUCGAUGUGCUGAACCCAGAUACUAAGAAAGAGAUUGCAGCAGUUGGGGAUUCAAAUAUGAGAAAUUUGAAGCGAGGAGACAUACUUCAGCUAGAGAGGAAGGGCUACUUCAGAGUUGAUGUUCCCUUCAUCAGACCUGGCAAACAGAUUGUUCUUUACGCCAUUCCAGAUGGCAGGCAGGCUGCAACUAAGUAAACCAACUUCCAUUAAAUCUAUAAUUUGAAACCUUUUCAUGUGAUAGCCUCUUUUGGUUGGUUGUUAUCCAACACAUUUACUGUACACUUGCGAUGAAAAGAUUUUGGAAUUAGUUCUGAUUGUCAUGCUAUUCUACUGGUUAGCCUUUACUCCUUUAGUAUGUUGCAAUUGAUUCUUCUGUGUUUA